UAAGUAAUAAAUAACGCGCCACAAGAAUGUGGAAACUUAAAGUUUUAGUUGUGCACAUUUUGCUGCUGGGCUGCAUGAUGAACAUAUAUUUUCAAUCAACUAUUGUGCAGAACCUGGAGCCGCAAAAGACACUGCCAGAGCUGGGGUUGAAGCCGCCGGCCGAUCGAUUGGUGGUAUUCAUUGCCGAUGGCCUGCGGGCAGAGUCCUUCUUUUCGGAUAACUGCAGCGGAGUGCCACACAUCCGGCAGCUGCUCGAGCAGCAAGGUGUGGUCGGUAUAUCGAGUGGCAUUGCACCGACAAUGAGCCGACCAGGACAUAUUGCCAUUUUUUCUGGCUUCAACGAGGAUCCGCAGGCGGCCAUCACCAAUUUCCAGUGGAAUCUUACACCCUUCGACUCGAUAUUCAAUCGCAGCCGCCUUGCCAUUGGAUGGGUACACCAAACGGUAGCCGAGUACUUCACCCGCUUCAGCAAAGAGCCACCGAUGUUCGAAACGUAUCGAGGAGCGGAUUUCAGUGGCAGAUUUAUGACCGAUACCUGGGUGUACGAGAAGGCCCGCGACUAUCUGAACAACGAUGAGAAUAUCCGACAAUUGCAGAAUGCCACACAGGUAGUGUUUUUGGUGUAUCUAUUUGAUCUAGACAAGGCCGGUCAUGUGUUCACACCGCUCAAGCCAGAGUUCCGGAAAAAGCUGUAUGCCACACAGAAGCAAAUACGGAAGACGUACGAUCUGUUUGAGAGCGCGUUCAACGACAGUCGUACGGCCUAUCUGAUGACCUCUGAUCAUGGCAUGUCCGACACGGGCUACCAUGGCGGGGGAACUGAUCCGGAAAUAGAAAUGCCCUUCUUCCUCUGGGGUGCCGGUAUCAAGCGCCAGGGACCCCCAACCGAGCAAAACUUCACAGCCAACGAUCAUGGACUCCAGUUGCCGCUGCAAGAACUCAACCAGAUUCAACUAGCGCCGCUCAUUUCAGCCCUGAUUGGCCUACCACCGCCCAUAAACAACCGAGCCCCACUGCCCCUGGGCUUCCUCAAUGUGAGCGAAGAGUACGAACGGCAGUCUUUGCUCCUGAAUGUCCUGCAGUUACUGGCACAGGCCAAGAGCGUGACGCUGCGCUUUGAGCGCAGCUUCUUUCACAAAUGGCUGCCCAAAUAUGAGAAACUGGAUACGGCACGGAUCGCGAGCCUUCCCACUGAAAUCGAGCACCUAAUAGCAACAGGGUACGUCAAAAAAGCCAUGCAACUUCUCCUGCAAAUGUCCUGGUGGGCCCGUCAGUGCCUGGACUACUACCAGGACUACUAUCACACUCCAUUGCUAGUGGCCAUAGGUGCCUCGUUCUUGGGCUGGCUAUUCUGUCUGGUGGUGUGGCUGAUGCGUGAAUUUUCGGACCAGGAGCCGCAGCCGAAGAUGGGACUCCAAACAUGGGCGACGGCUCUGAUGUUGCUACUGGGAAGCGUGCUCGAAUGUUUGCUGUUCCUGCAGCGGGUGCCUUGCUUGACGUCCUUUUAUCUGCUUCUACCCAUCGGUAUCUGGACAAUGGCUCUGGCCGAACGCCCGCUGCAUGGCAUUUCUAUUCCGUACCCUCUGAUACACUUGGCCUGGACAGUGAUUCCCGCCGGAUUGGUGGUAGCGACAUCAUUUAUGAACAGACAUGUCGGUCUGAUGUAUGCUGGGGUUGCGGUUGCCUACAAUCGGCACGGUUUCCGUCGACCCACUCUCAAGUUCUUCAUCUGGCUGGGCACCGUUCUGCUUCCAAGUGGCUUCAUGAUUGUCAAGCAAAACUACAGCUUUGAAUUGAUGCCCAGCGAAUAUGUCCUAGGGUUCAGCAUGUGUCUGGCCGUCCUCCUACCAUGGAUCUUGGGACACAAGCAUCAGAUGCGCGUUUGGCUGAUCAAUUCGUUCAUUCUACUGAUUGGAAUCUACGGCAUUUAUCUCUCGGAGAAUAAUCUGGAGGUUCCACUAUAUUUACAGGUUGCCUUCUGGGCUUUUCUCGGCUAUGCAUUCUUAUCGGUGCCAUACAGCAAUGCGGACACCCCAGAAAGCCGCCUACAUUUGAUUUCGUUUAACCUAAUUGCGGUUCAUGCUCUGCUUUCCCUGUCAACGGGGUCGCUCUUCAAUCAAAUGAUGAUCACCGAGUUUCUGCUGAGCCAUGAAAUUCAUUCUGAGAUCAAUCAAGCCAAGAAUAAUGCAAUAUUAGAAACGGAUGAACCGGAGUCCGAUUCGAAUAAUGAGAAUGCGAGCGAAACUACACAGAAGAAUGAAGAAAACCCCUCAACUCCCCUGGAACACUUGAAGCUAUCCUAUCACUAUGCCGCCUUCAUUUUGUUCUACUUCUAUCUAUCCUUUUUCGGAUCAGGACACUGGCUAUUCAGUUUUGCUUUCAAGCCGACCACUUCGCGCCUGCUUAUAUCCAACUAUUCCCCAUUUAUAAUGACCGCUCUCAUUAUACUCAAGAUAUUGAUUCCAUCCAUUAUCGUCAUAUCGGGUGUAUACACUUUUUCGGCAUAUGCCCGAAAAAAAAGCCGUGCCGUUUUCAUCUGCAUGUUCCUGAUUAGCGAUGUCAUGUGCUUCUACUUUUGUUUCUAUGUGCAAAACCAAGGCUCCUGGCACGACAUGCGCCGGUCCAUGGAUCAUGUCGUCUUGACGAACAUUAUUGUGAUCCUGCUGCUGGGCUGUUCCUGGCUUAUCAAGUCCUUUCUGAUUGCCAUCAAGCGUAUUGCAAUCAAACCACCCAUCAUAAUGCAGGUGGUUAUGGAAGGAAGCCCUGUUGCUGGCCCCACUUAUCCCCAGUUUGAUGAAAAUAUCCUGAACUAAAGAUUUUCCUUCAAACUAAUAAUGCAACGAAAUUAUUGUUUAAAAAAAUUAAAUGUUUAAUCUGUU